CCUCGCGGUCGCCGCGAAUUGUCGCGAAUUUGCGACGCCGGCCGGCUCGACCGAUUUUCUUGUGUAAUUCGGUCGGGGCGAAUUGUCACGCGUCGAAAUUGCCCUCCUUCGAACAAUACUCUCCGACAAUCCCUCCGUUUGUUAUCCUACCCCUUUGUUUACCGUCGUUGGCGGUUUUGAGGUUAUGUCGUCGGUUUGCCGCAAUUCACACGCGUCGUGACAUUGAGGAUGUCUCUCCUCGCGUGUCAGUGAGGGGAGUCUUUCGCUUCGAGGCCGGUCAACGGAACGGUGUUGUUCUUUUUAAAUGCCUGACACAUCGAAAAAUUAUAAAUAAUGGCGAAUGCAGAAUCGCUUGCGGAAGUAACGGAUGUUGUACAAAUUCUACGGCAAUGGGAGGAAGAACAUAGCUCACCAACUUACGAUCCCAUUCCUGUUCUCGAGAGAUUGGCGGAUAUAAUAGAACUCGAGACAGAACAUUACAUGAAUGUGGAUCCAGAUCCGUUCGACGAGAGACAUCCGUCGCGCACCGAUCCAGAAUGCAAUUUCGGGCAUAUAUUGAAAGUUUUAUUUAGAAAGGAUAAUUUCAUGACGAAGUUAAUAAAUGAUUACUUGAGAGACUCGUAUUUUUCUCGGGCGGGAAUAACUGGAAGAGACGUCAGAAAACUGAACAUUGCUGCCUGUCGACUGAUGCUAGAUAUACUCCCAGGAUUAGAAACCUCAGCAGUAUUUCAGCCAGAUAUGGAAGGUCUUAUACACAGAUUAUUUUCUUGGGCAGAAAAAAGCAUCGAGCCAUUACAGAGCUACUCGACCGGCCUUCUGGCCGCCGCUAUGGAAGUGCAAGACAUAGCUACAGGAUUUAGAGAUCAAAAUGCCAAAAUGGUGCCACUAAUGUUGCAACGGUUGCAUAAGUUGCAGGAGAAGGCGCACGAAGAUCGUCAGCAGAACGUUAGACCGUUUGCUCAUGUUGGACAAGAUAAGAACAGCGUCAGCGAUUGCGAUGACAGAGAUAUCCCCGAGAAGCGCAAGUUACGAGACAAAAACGGAGCAGAAAAACGGCAGAAAAACGGAGUUAUGAAAAAUCAAGAGUCACUUUCUUCCGAUGAGAAUGACUCGAUACGCAAUGAUGUGCCGGCCACAAAGAAGAAGAGGAGCAACUCCGGUUGUGAGACGCCCGUGAAGAACAGCGAACUCUAUCCUGAGAUCAUGUCCCCACCACUGUCCAUCCCGAAAGCCGCGAGCAACCUGUCAGUGACACCAUCCAAGCAGAACUACAGUUUACAGCCGACAAGAAUCGCUGUGCCGGCAUCCGUCAGGAGCAACUUGCAAAAGUCGUCCAGUCUGUUUCAAAGUUCUUACGCGCAAAUGACACAGGCGGAGGGAAAUUCAAAUUCUUCCUGGGCCGAGACGAAAUCGCGUGUCAUUGGCAGUAUUCAAAUGCAUCCUCCUACACUCGCGACUCGACAAAUGCUGGUUUUGCGAUACCUGACACCGAUGGGCGAGUAUCAGGAGUUCCUCGGCCAUGUGUUCGAACACAACGCUCUGGACUUGAUACUGAAAUACAUAAACGUGCAAGAGACUAAGGAUUGCAGACUCGCUUUUGAGGCUCUCAAGUACCUCGCGUCCUUGUUGUGUCAUAAAAAGUUCUCAAUCGAAUUCCUAAAUGUCGGCGGUUUGCAAAGGCUGUUGGAUGUGCCGAGGCCGAGUGUUGCGGCGACAGGUGUAUCUAUAUGUCUUUAUUAUCUUGCGUACUGCGAGGAUGCUAUGGAACGAGUGUGUCUGUUGCCGAAACACAUAAUAUCCAAUCUCGUGAUUUACGCAUUGUGGUUGUUGGAAUGCAGUCAUGAUUCUGGACGAUGUCACGCGACUAUGUUCUUUGGCUUUUCUUUCCCAUUCAAAGUUAUAUUGGAAGAGUUUGACGCACGGGACGGCUUGAGACAAUUGUAUAACGUGAUAUCGGUUUUGACACUUUUAAACCCUGAAGAAGACUCGACUCUAAAUGACGAUGAGGAGUGUGCAUCAAGGCAGAUUGUACGACACGUAACUGUUGCUUUAAAGAGAUACAUGGAAGCGCAUUUGCAUUUAAAAGCAGAGCAAUUGCAACGUGCGGAAAACGUUAGAGCUGAACGCGAUACAUGGCAGCCCUCAUUACCACCCUACAAGGCAUGCAAGUUGAGUAGCGAGGAAGUUCAAGCAAAAGUAGAGAUACUCCAAGAAUUAAUGUCAGUUAGAGCGAUAUGGCCACCAGUGGAAGAGCUUUAUCGUUUAGGCGGUAUUACAUUGAUUUUGCAAAUCAUAGCUUAUGCUCGCGAAUGGAACUAUAGUGGACGGGUACAUACUACUUCUAGUGCAGAGACGGUCAGAUCAUGUUUGGACAUUAUCGCAAUUUCUUCUGUUGUACCAAAAGUUAUGUUGCUGCUAUGCGAAAAAGUCGACAUGCCAGACAUGUCGGUGACGAUGGCGAUUAAUCUUUUGCUAGCUGCAGCUGAAUGUGAGAUUAUUGCAGAUCCUGAUGUACAAAGAGCAGCGCUUAGAGCUGUAAUUAAUUGUGUGUGCGCUCCUAUAAACAGAGUCGGAGGAAAUGUAGCUAGAUAUUCUGUAACUGGAUCUGCCAAGAAAAAGAACGUUCACAAUAGCGAAGAAUUGAUACAAAAAGUAUGGGAAAGCGUUAGGUCGAAUAACGGGAUAAUGGUGUUACUGCAAUUAAUGAUGGUGAAAACACCUAUUACUGAUGCCGAUAGCAUACGAGCGUUGGCGUGUCGUGCACUAGCUGGACUAGCACGUAGCGAGAAAGUUAGGCAGAUUAUUAGCAAGUUACCAAUGUUCACGAAUGGGCAAAUUCAGUCGCUUAUGAAAGAUCCUAUCUUACAAGAAAAACGUCAAGAACAUGUUAUUUUCCAAAAAUAUGCUCUCGAAUUAAUGGAAAGGGUAUCUGGUAAAGCGAAACCAACGGGUGCAGAAUAUGAAAUUUCCUUAGUCAGUUUACAUAGGGCUAAUGUUGUAGCCCAAACGAGAAUACAAUAUAAUGAACAACAACUUAACCAUUUAAUAUAUCAGCAUCUCAUGUCGAAGGGUUUAACUGAGACGGCUAAUGUAUUACAUAGAGAAGCAAACUUGGAAUCAUCUGCAAUUAUGAAAUCUGCAAUAACAUAUCAACCUUUUACAUACCGAAAUCCUGCAAGCGUAACUCCAAGAAAUAGUUUUUCUCCAGGGGCCCCUGUCAAUUUAUAUAAUACAAUUAGAUGUGCGCAAAAAGAAACUACUUGUAGAAACAAUACUACUCCCACAUCGUCUCGAUUUAUAUCCCAUACGGGCACUGGUUCAUCUGUGAAUAAUAACAUCCGAUUAAAGCUCGCUGAUUGCCUGAAUCAAAAUGUUAUUUCGAAUAAUGCAAAUCAGCCAAUUAAAUUACAAAUUAAUCAGAAGAAAUCAAUUUCAUCCGAAAAGCAGCCAGCUAAUCUAGUCAUUCCAGCUAAUUAUCAAUCUAUGAUACAGCCUCAAUCAAAUAGCUGUAGAUCUUUACAGAAACAGAUUUUUAGAGAUCCCGGAAGUGGUGGAGGACCUGGAGUAGCUAGCUCCAACGUAUCGGUUACUCUCGAUUCUAUUAUCACGGAAUAUUUAACUAAUCAACAUGCUCUCUGUAAAAAUCCUAUGGUAACAUGCCCGCAAUUCAAUCUUUUUGUACCACACAAAUGUCCAGACCCGUGCGCAAAAAAUUCUACACCUACGAAUGUAACAGUGAGAUUAACGAGACGAGCAUUCGGAAUGGAUGGUAGAAGAUUAGAUAGAAAACACAUUUAUAGCCGUUUCUGUCCUAUAAAAACCUUUCGGCCUACCGAUACGGGAGGAAUAUUUACCUGUUGUACUUUCUCGCCUUGCACACAGUAUCUCAUUUUGGGCACUCAUGCUGGAGACGUCAAAAUGUUCAACGUCCAUACAGGGAUGGAAGAGGGAAGUUAUAAUUGCCAUGAAACGUAUGUGUAUCACAUGGAAAGUAAUAAGCGUGGUAAUCUUUUGUUGACCUCCACUGCUUGGAGAAGUCCUAUGUCAGUGCUCUGGGACACGGGAGCGUUCUUCGAAAUGAAAAAAGCCUUCGACAACGAUGAAUAUAUUGAAUUUAGCAAGUUGCAAGAUAGAAUAAUCGGUACCCAAGGAGAAAGCGCGACGAUAUACGAUAUAGAAACUGGAAGCUUAAUAAAAACCUUGACGCCAUCCAUUUCAAAUCAAUAUACUAAAAAUCGGGCAACCUUUAGUAUGAACGACGAGUUAGUACUUAGCGAUGGCAUAUUAUGGGAUGUUAAUUCAGGGAAAGAAAUUCAUAAGUUUGACAAAUUAAAUCAAACAUUAAACGGAGUUUUUCAUCCAAACGGGACUGAAGUUGUAUCUAAUACCGAAGUAUGGGAUUUGAGAACGUUUCACCUACUUAAGACAGUUCCCACUCUCGAUGACAUGGAAGUGAUCUUCUCACCGGUCAACAAUAUUAUAUAUGCAGUCUCGUUAGAUCAAGACAAUGAAAGUGAUUCUCAUUAUUCGACUUCCUUCAAGACUCUAGAUGCUUUAGAUUACAAUAAUAUUGCAACCUGUGAUGUGAAAAGAGGAAUUUAUAGUCUCGCCUGCAAUAAAUUUGACACUCAGAUUGCGAUAGUAGAAAACCUGGGUGAAUUUGCCAGCAUACAGGAAUCGUGUGCUAGAUUGUACGAUGUUGGAAGACGAAGAGACGACGAGGAUGAAGCUGACGAAGACGAUGAAGAAGAUGAUCUCGAUGCCAGUGAUGACGAUGGUGACGAUGAUGCGUCAGACGAUAAUAAUGCGGAUGAUGGUGAUAAUGCAGAUACUGGUGGAGACGAUAAUGGUGAUGAUAACGAUCAGAACAGGGAAAAUAAUGAAGAUGGCGACGACGAUGAUGAUGGAGAUGAGAGUGAUUCUGGCGACGAUAGUGCAGAUUACGAUCCCAGUGUCGAUAUUAACGAUCUGUCUGAGGAUUUCUAUUUGUCGGAUGAGGAUCUGGAGGAUCUAAUAUUUUCAUGAAUGUCAUUGAGAAAUAUAAUUUUGUGCAUAUACAUAUAUAUACAUACAUAUAUAAUAAGUAUUAAAAAAGGAAUUCUAUCGCGGUUAUUAAUUGGAUAUUCUAAAUGUACAUUUACAGAUAAUUUCUCCCAUUGUAAUUCGGAUGUUGAUUUUACGGGGAAGAAAGUACAUGUCUGUACUUUUCAAAUUACAGAUGAUUAAUUGUAAAUGAUUAUUAUGAAUCUUCUGUUUGAUUAUUGAAUAAAAAACCAUGUUAUAUGUUCUUUUCAA